CGAUUGCUCAGUCGUCACAUCAUCGUCGUCAACUUGUGUUUGGAUUGCAUUGCUGCUGUCUGUCACUGGCUUCACCGCUCCGCCUUGCUUGCCUUGCCUUCAUUUCCAACCAUCCACCCAUCGAGCAACCUUCAUCCCAGAUCAAGCAAACAAGUGAAAGCAACAGACACAGCAACAACACACAUACAUACACACACACACAAGCACACGCCACACGCCACUCAACAGUACAUGAUGCUGGGCCUGGACGGGGACGUGCUUCGCAAGUUUGUGCUUGCGGAGGAUCGACAGGCGAUUGUGGACCAGCAUGUGAAGGGCACCACCAGCCACUUUGUGCUCAGCAUCCUGCACGCCCUGAACAAAGGCCGCUACCAUGACGCAGAGGUGCUCCUGCACGAGUGGGACAAGGUGGCUCGCAGGCAGGGCCUUCCGCCAGACUACGAGCUCCUCAAGAACCGCUGCAUGCUCUGCCUCUAUGAGAAGAAGCCCGAGGACGUGCUCGCACACUUCCAGCGCGCCUUCAACAUCAAACUUCAGCAUCCAGCACCAACAUCUGCAACAUCCGAGCACGCCAGUCGCAGUGUGGCUCCGUCGAAGGUGGAUCAGUCACUGCUCGACUUUCCCAACAUCUCCAAGCGCAAGCUCGAAACUGACACGUAUCUGAACGACUUUACGGAGGCGGCGACGUCGUGGCUCAUGGACCGAUGGAAGACACUGAGCAAGGAGCAGCUCAACCGCCUGCUGCGCUCGCGUGUCACGUACCCGACACACCCAACCAUCGUCGACAUGCUGGUGGCCGAUAUGGCAAACGCCGUCAAGGCCAAGAGGAACAUCGACCUGCAUCCCGUGGUGGCGCACCUCUCGCUCGCCCAACUUGACAAGAUCUUCAAGGCAUGCUCCUCCGUCUCCAUGCACAGGGAGUUUGUGACCACGUAUCUGAGGAAGCUCGCUGCGACCUUUGACGCAAAGGCGCCCACCCGCCUUCACACAGACCAAGCGCGCAUGCAAGAGUACUUGGAGGCGUGCGUGGCGUUCACGUCGAAGCUGCCGCCCGUGUUCAACGACUUGCGCGCCGCCGCCAUCUUUCGAAAGCUGCAGUUCCUCGUGGCCGUGCAUGACGUGUACGAUGCGCAGCUGUUUGAGACGUAUCUCAAGCUGCCAAAGCGCGCCCCGCAGUCCAUUGCUCCAACACGCAAGGAAGGCGACAUUGCAUUCACGGUUGCGCACACGGGCCUGCAGCUUCCUGGUGUCGAUCUCUCAAACGAGAAUGACGAUACGCCAUUCAUCACCGAGUUUCUGGAGCAUCUCUUCCGCCAGAAGAGUGUGACAUCGCCCAAACCGUUUGAUCGCUAUCUCCAGGAGCGAUUUGUCAAGCGUGUCUUCGCCGAAUCCAAGCUGGCGAGCGGCGAUGACAAACCGGACACGCACGCCGCCGUGCUGUCUGAUCUUGGGAACGUGGAAGCAUUCAACAAGCAGAAACGGCUCGAGUUUACGCGGCAGAACAAGCAGCAGUACGGUGUGGGCGAACCCGUUGUGCUCAGCGUCGAACUCAAGAACAUCCCAUCCCUCGACGUGCAGGUGUUUGAGGUCAACACGUUCAACUACUACAAGGACAAGUCUGAGCCUGUGCCGGCCAAGCUCAACAUCGACGGUCUGCUCCCAAACCUCAAGGCCACGCGCUCCUACAAGGAGUUUCCGAGCAUCGCCAUCCAUCGUCACGAUCUGGAGCUGCAGGAGAUCAAGCGACGCGGCGUGUACCUGGUCGAACUCAGGGGUGGCGGCCUCAGCAGCCGAGCCAUGGUCUCUGUGGGGCAGCUGUAUGCAACCACGGCGGCUGGCGUUGCCGGCACGGAGGUGCGCGUGUACAACGAGCUGGGCGAGCACUUGCCCGAAGCAACCGUGUGGAUGGAAGGCCGCGAGUACGGGCGCAGCAGAGCCGAGCACAACCACAUCUCGCUGCCGUUCUCCAGCCACGCGCGCCGCGCAAAGGUGAUUCUGCAGCACGACGGGUUUUACGCGCUGGCGACGGUGCCGCUGUACGAUGAGCAGUACAGCUUCUCCUUCCAGUGCCUGGUCAACCACGAGACUGCGAUCCAAGGCAACUUGCAGGCCAGGCUGGUGCUGCUGCCCAAGCUCACCGCCAACGACGACACGUGCGUCCCGCCCACACUCAUUGCGCAGCCGCGCGUCACCACCACCUUCCGCGACAGGGCGGCCAACGUGCUGACGCAGGCAGACCACGGCAUUGCGUUCUCGGACACCGCCGACGUGGAGGUGGUGGUGAAGGUGCCGCCGGGCGCGGCCACGCUCGACGUUGCCGUCAGCGGCAGCAUCACCAAGCUGGACGGCACCAAGGAGCAGGUCUCGCACAUGACCACGCACCGCCUCCUGGACACGUCUGUCGUGGGCAGCCUCGUGCCAGAUGCAUCGAGCAUGCAGGCGACCAUCGACAACAUUUACCUUGUCAACACGGGCACUGCGUAUGUGCUUCACGUACGUGGCCGCUGCGGUGAGGCGCGCAAAGGCGUGCAGCUGACCCUCACCAUGCAGCACGCGUUCCUGGUCCGCGCCAUCACCACAACGCUGCAGACGGACGAGCACGGCCAGGUCGUGCUUGGGCCCCUCGCCAACGUGCUGUCGCUGCAGGCCACGCUGCGCAGCGGGCACUACCGCCGCUGGCGUGUGCAGGACAUUCACGGCAACCACCCACUGCCUUCCUCGCUCACAGUCAUGGAGUCUGAGGCAUUUGAUUUGCCGUUUGACAGCAGCAGCAGCAACAGUGGCAGGAGUGGUGCUGCUGCUGAUGCGGUGCGGCUGUUUGCUGAGGACGCCAACUCGGGCCUGCUCACCAUGCCCGUGGACAACGCAAUCACGUUCGCGCACGGCCACAUGCGGGUAACGCUGCCCUGUGCAGGGAACUACAAGCUGCUCAUCACACGCCCGAGCCUCGAGUCCAGCAGCGUCACGGCCAUUUCCAUCACAGCCUUGCCUCGCAACCUGCCGGCCCUUUGCCGGGGCACACUCCCACCGCUUCCCGCGUCCUCAUCAGGCGCGCGUGGUGGUAGUGGUAGCGCAAGUGCUGGCGGUGGUGCAAGGACGUACACGGCGUGCCCGCAGCUGGUGGGCGGCUCCCUGUCGCCAGCGCUCGUGCACGUGCGCGAAAUGUCGGCAAACAGAGACACCGGUGACGUGCGCGUGUGUCUUGGCAAUGCACAGGCCACCACCCGCGUGCACGUGUUCACGCGCUGGUCAAGCGUGGGCGAACCGGAACUGGAGGCCCUGGAGAGCGGGGACGACUGCCUUUCUGGCGACGACAACCACCACGCCCCAGCCGAUGCGCCGCCGCCAGAGUGCCGCUACCUCUCUGGACGCGUGCUGUCUGAGGAGCACCAGUACGUGCUGCGUCGCAAGGCCAUGCCGCCGCGGCUGGGGAACAUGCUGCCAAAGCCCACGCUCGUGCUCAACCCGGCUGAGGUGCGGGAGACGGAGACGCGACGGGAGCACCUGGAGCGCGAGAAGGCAUGGCGCAAGGACGACAUGCAGGGCGCCAUGGGCUGUCGUCGCAGGAUGCGUCGCGCUGGCGGGAAGAGCGCCAAGAAGAAGAUGUACGGUGGCGCCAUGGCCAUGCCAACGCUUGAGGCCGUGUCGUGCUACGACUGGCUGGAGACACCCGCAGCCGUUGUCACCAACCUGCGGCCCGCGGUGGAGGGCGCAGAUGGCAGUGGUGAUGGCAGCUCGGGCGCCGGGGUUGGUGUUGUGACGGUGAAGCUGACGAAGAAGGCGCUUGCUGCUGCAUCGCGGGUGUUUGUUGUUGUGGUGGACGAGGGCCAGCUCCUGUUUGACAGCACCGCUGUGUCGUCCACAAGCGCCACCAGCGGCAGCGACAGCAGCAAGGCAGCCGUGCCGCGCGCACGCGAUGUGCGGCACUCGUGGCCACACGACCUUGAAACGCCAUACGCAGAGCAACGCGAGGUGAUUGCUGUCAAUGCCAGUGAGCCGUGGUCGUCAUCGUCAUCAUCAGCGUCGCAAUCGGCAUCUGAUACGGAUGCAUCACCACCAGCGGCGGCUGCUGGGAGCAGCGCGGACGGGGCCGUGUUUGAGACGGUGGACACGGUUGGCAAGCUGUUUUCGUCGCUGGUGUCACUGCUGCCCAACAGCGACGCCGCGUCGGCGCUGAGCAAGUUCUCGUUCCUCGCGUCCUGGCCCACGCUGUCCACAGAGGCAAAGACGCAGCACUACGCGGACAACUACUGCCACGAGCUGAACCUGUUCAUCUUCAACAAGGACCCCACCUUCUUCGAGGAGGUCGUGCGGCCGCACCUUGCCAGCAAGCUGGACAAGGACGUGAUGGACUGCUGUCUGCUCUACUCCAACCUGGACGCGUGCCUGCCGGCGCUGCGGCGUCGCCAGCCGCUGGCGGACUGCCCUGCUGUCGAGCAGUUCCUGCUGGCGUGGCGCGGCGUGCUCUCUGCACCGGAGCUUGCGUCGCUGAUGCAGGCGACCACCAAGGACAUGCGCAACUCGCCCGAGAUUGCCGGGCUGUUUGACCGCCUCAUCACCGCCAAGCAGCAGGCCGUUGAGGAGGAGCAGCAGCUGCAGCACGCCCUGCACGCCAUGGCGGACGAAGAGGAGGAAGAGAGCGAGGCUGGCGAGGGCGCGAUGGGAGGCGCAGACAUGGACUUUUUCAUGGCCCAGCCCAUGGCGGCAGCGCCGCAAGCGGAGAUGAUGGAAGCAUCGGCCUUGUUCGACAUGGACACAACAACAGCAGCAGCGCCACCACCGCCGCCGGCAGCAGCACGCGCUGCCCCCCGCAUGCUCAUGUCAGCCGCACCAGCGCCCGGAGCGAUGCUCAGCCGCGCUCGCCGCACAGCAGAUGUGACGCGGGACCGCAUGGCUGCGCCAAAGCUGGCCGCCCCCGUGGGCAAGACGAAGGAGUACACGGAGAAGACGUACUGGGACCACAACGCAGAGAAGCGCUUCCACUUGCGGGUGACGCCCUUCUGGGCAGACUGCGUGUCGGCGCUUGCUGCCAGUGGUGCUGGUGACAGUGACAGUGAUGGUGAUGGUGUUGGUCGACCGACGUGCAUGGCGCGCACGUGGCUGCACGCGACCAAGACGGUGAAUGAGGCGCUUCUUGCGUUGGCCAUUGUUGACCUUCCCUUUGACAAUACCAUGGCUGUGGAUGAGGAGCAGCGCGUCACGCACACGGGCAACUGCUUUGUUCUCACGCGCGCACUUCGCCCCGUCCACACGCGCGAGGAAGGCAAGAUGAUGGUCUUCCAGACGUUUUUCGAUCCCCAGGGCGCUGUUGACGCCGCCGCCCCAGAAGAGUUUGAGACGGGCCGCGUGUAUGGAAGCCGGAUCAUCUGCACGAACAUGACGAGCACGACUGGGCAGCUGGAUCUCCUUCGCCAGGUGCCCAACGGAGCGGUGCCGCUGCCCACCGUCAGCAGCAAGCGCAGCGAGCACGUGCCUAUCUCGCCCUUUGGCAACCACCGCCUGGAGGUGUUCUUCUACUUCCCGCUUCCUGGCGAAUUCGCGUGCUAUCCGGCCUGCCUCUCCAAGGAAGGAGCACUUCUCUCCAUGGCGCCCCUGCAACGCGUCAAGGCUGUGACGACGCUGUCCACGUACGACACGACGUCCUGGCCCGCGGUCGCCGCGCACGGAACCAAUGACGAGGUGUUGGCGUUCUUGCGCGAGAAUCCCAAGAGCCAGGCGGAGAUCCACCUUGUGCUCUGGCGCCUGCGUGACAAGCAGUUCUUCCUUGAGUUGGUUUCGCUGCUGCGCAAGACAGGCGCGUUUUUCCAGAAUGUGUGGGCGUAUGCGUUUCUGCACCGGGACGAGGCGAGUCUUGCCGAGUACAUGGCCGCCAACCAGCGCCAGUUUGGGCCGGGCGUGCACGCGAAGCUGCUCACCACGCCAUGGAACCUCAACUUCAGGCACUCUGACUUCUGGCCGGUGAUCAACGCGCGUGCGCACAGCAUCACGGACGAGAAGACGCAGCUGCUGAACGACGCCAUCCUUGAGAAGCAGGCCGCUCUCUUUGGAGACCUUGCCUUCAGCGAUGCGCUCCCGCCACCAGCUCUGCCGAGCCUGUGCUACUUUCUCAUCCUGGAGGAUGAUGUGGACGGUGCGCGCACCAUGCUGCAGCGUGCCCGCGCGUCGCUGCGCGAUGAUGAGGUCUGCAGUCUUCAGCUCGACUAUCUCGAGUGCUACCUCGACUUUUUCAAGGGCCCCGAGCUGACCGCUGCACGCGAAAUUGUUGCCAAGCGCGCCAAGAUGUCCCUCCCCGGAUGGCAGUCCAAGUUCCAGAGCAUUGGGGAGAUGAUUGCUGAGAUUGACUCUGGUGAGGCCGUGUCGGCGGAAUCGCAGGCCCGCGCCGCCCUUCCCGCCAUGGACAUUUCUCUCGACAACAACGACGUCGUCAUCUCAUACUCGGGCAUGGCGCCCGGGGCGACGGCGACAGUGAGCUUCUACGUGAUGGACAUUGAGCUGUUGUUUUCCUCACAGCCGUUUGGACAGGACGGCAAGAAGUCAUCCAUUUACGUCCUUCCAAACAUCUCCACCAAGGUGCCGCUGCCUGACGGCAAGAGCUCUGUGACUUAUGCGCUUCCGUCUGGCGCCCGCACGCACGACGGCCUUGUUGAGGUCACCUGCGCCGGCCUCACCCGCUCCCUCAACUUUUUCUCCUCCCAACUCCGCGUCCAGGGCUUGGAGGAAGUGCUGUGUCAGGCGUGUGAGGACGUUGGCUACCGCCGUCCAACGCCAGUGCAGGAGGCUGCCAUUCCGCCCGCGCUGGAGGGCAAGGAUAUUGUUGGUAUUGCCAAGACGGGUAGCGGCAAAACGGCAGCGUUUGCCCUGCCUGUCAUGCACAGUCUUAUCAACGCGCGCCCACGCGAACGCCGCUUCCAUGCUCUCGUCAUGGCGCCAACCCGCGAGCUUGCACAGCAGAUUGAGGGCGAGUUCAAGGCCCUCGGUGCCACGAUCGGUCUCAAAACAGCCCUCCUUGUUGGUGGGCUGAGCCUGCAGCAGCAGCAGGACCGGUUGAGUCAGAACCCGCACGUGCUCAUUGCCACACCUGGCCGUAUCCUGCACCAUUUGGAGCGCACAAACGGCUUCAAGCUCAACAACGUCAAGUUCCUGAUUCUCGACGAGGCAGACCGGAUGCUGACGCCGGAGUUUGAGCGGGAAAUUGACCAGCUCCUUGGGCACAUUCCCAAGCGCCGCACAAACUUCCUCUUCUCCGCAACGUCAAACGACAAAGUGAAACACCUCAUGCACGCCGUCCUCCGCAACCCCGUCCACAUCAAAAUCAAGCACAAGGUCAAGACUGUGGAUACGCUGGACCAGCACUGCGUGUUUCUUCCGCUGCAGUUCAAGGAGACAUAUCUUGUGUGGUUCUUGCAGCGGCAGGGCUUGCAGGCCGAUAGCAGCGUCAUCAUCUUCUGCGAAACAAAGCGCGCAACCAUGAAGCUCGUGCUGAUGCUGCGCAAACUCGGGCUGCGGGCCACGUGUCUGCACGGCAACAUGUCCCAGGAAAAGCGCAUUGGCGCUCUCGCUCGCUUCAAGACACACAAGGACAACGUGCUGGUGUGCACGAAUGUUGGUGCGCGUGGUCUUGACAUCCAGGGCGUCGAGCUCGUCAUCAACUACGAUCUCCCAAAGACGUCCGACGUGUAUCUGCAUCGUGUUGGGCGAACGGCUCGCGCCGGGCGGUCUGGACGCGCCGUCACAUUUGUCACGCAAUAUGACGUGCCAUACUUCAAGGAGAUUGAGGCUGGCGUGGGCUUGGACUUGCCCGUGCGCAAGUACGACAAGGAGUGCAAGGAGCUGUAUGCGGAGAUUGACGAGGCGUCGCGAUACGCCACGCGGGAGAUGAAGGAGAUUGAGGCAGAGACGAGGACAAAGCGUGGCGGGAAGCGACAAGCCGGUGGUGGCAACGGCCGCUUCAAGAAGAAGAAGUUCUGAUUGCACGCGGCGUGACGGAGGGACCUCUCUUGGACGUGUGGACGUGUGGACGUGUGUGCAUGCGCACGUGUGUACAUUGUGCGUGAGUGCGUGCCCUUACUGCUGCGGCAUUUGCUCGCUCGGUUAUCGAUCCCUUCUUUCUGUUCAUUGCUGUUCAGCUGUGCAGAACAUUGUGUGCGUGUGCGACUUAUGUAUCGGUUGCGGCUGAAACGGCAGCUGCUGGUGUCGUGCGUGAUAUCGGGUUUACUCGACAACAAUUGAACCACAAAUCACAACA